AUGGAGGAAGUGCCUUCGUACGAGGAGUCGCAGGCCUCCUUCGCACUUGACAAGAAGCAGCAGCAGCAGCAGCUCGGUUCGCCGUCUCUACUACCGCAGCAGCUCGCGGAGACGAGAACGCAGCGCAUCCAGUCUAUACUCACCACCUACGUCGAUCCUCUGCUCUUCUCCCAGGGCGCCGCCGGCCUAUACAAGACCACCUUCAUUCUCGUUCCUUCUAGCGUCUCCAGUCUCCAGGACGCGCCCAGCAAUGCAUACACCACACCGCAAGAGCCGCAGGUCAUAGGCUUCCCGUCCGACGAGGUUGUCAGACUUGUCCGUCUCCAGGGCCAGAGCCAUAACAUGGAGUUCUGGAGACAGCCUGCCGUCGUCUUCGAACUAGAGUCAGCUAUGCGCGCUCGUCUCGCCGCGUCAGGACAUCGACUGUAUGUCGACCCACCAGCCUCUCCCCUGUCCGAACCUGGAGAACCCGCUCAGCAGCAACAGCAGCAGCAACAGCAACAACAGACACUGUCGCAGUCGCAGUCGCAGUCACGGAAAGGAAGGUCGAGACGUUCCAUUUGGGGCCGUCUGGCGGGCUCAGACGAUACGAUCAACGACCAGCAGCUGGGCUGGCGUGCCGAAGAGCCGGCCGAUCAGGGUUCUAGUAAGAUUCCGACGGGUCUGGUGAAGGUCUCUGUUGUCUGGAAGGAUGUUGCCCUGCGCAUCGCCAACGAGAUGGGCCUCUAUAACACCCAGCGAGGGCCAGCACUCUGUCUUACCGUCGAGGUCGGCGCAUAG